AUGGCAACGCAAGUUAUGCACAUGAAAAGCACGAUUCAGCAGCAUUCCUCCAUUGAAGUCUCCAGUUCCCAAACACAUGUGUCUCAAUCCAAGAUUGUCGAAGAGGAAGUUGUUUCUAGGAAGUCUUCUGCCACUGUGGAGUCCUUCAGCAUGAUGACACGCUCCUUUGAGAUCCCUCCAGGAGAGAGUUACCCAGAAUUUGUGGAGAAGCCUCGACCAUUGACAGCCCCUGAAGGUGAUAAAGCAGUAUUUCGAGCUAAAAUAAAAGGUAACCCUACCCCAAAGGUAACAUGGAAAAGAGAAAGUGGGAUACCAAUAAAAGAAGGAUCAAAAAUGUUUUUUGACAGCAUCAAUAAGGAAUACGUGCUAAAGUUGGAGAGCCUUGGCUCAGAAGAUGCAGAUAACUACAAGUGUGUCGUUUCCAACACCCAUGCUGAUGCCAUCUAUACCGUGUCCUUAAUUGUGACUGAAAGUCAAGAAAAGCUGGAUUUCAAAAAAAUGCUGAAAAAAAGGGGGCCUCCACCUCCAAAGAAGGCAGUGAAGAAAGUGGUUGAUGAAAAAGAAAUGCUGGAGAUCCUCUCCAAGGUGCCAAAGAAGGACUUUGAGAAAGUUUGUAUGGAAUAUGGCUUCACUGAUUUCCGUGGACUUCUCAAAAAGCUAAAAGAAAUGAAGAAAAAAGUGGAGGUUGAGGCUGUCAAAAUUCUGAAACCUCUUGAGGAUGUUGCAGCUAAAGUAGACUCCACAGCUGUAUUUGACGCCAUUCUGGAACUGAAGGACCCCAAUACAAAGAUGACAUGGCUUAAGGGUGAUGAGCCUCUGCGUAGUCAGUACUCUCUAGGAAAAUAUGACAUGAAACAAAUGGGCACCAAGUAUAUGCUGUACAUCACCAACGUGAAUGAAAAGGACCUGGGCACCUACAAACUUAGUGUUGCAGACAAGAUUCUCUCAGCAGUACUGAAAGUGAUAGAUGAGCCCCUAUCAUUUCUGGCAGAACUGAAACCACUGAAAGUGACAGAAAGGCAGACAGCUGUGUUUGAAAUCCGCUUAUCCAAGAAAGUGCCCAAUUUUACCUGGAAGUUCAAUGGGAAAGAGCUGAAACGAGAUGACAAAUAUGAGAUCAUUUCAUCUGAUGAUGGGCUAACUCACACACUAAAAAUUAAGGAUGUUCGGCCGAGUGACAUUGGUGAGAUCAGUGUUGAAGCUGGAGAUCUGGUGCAGAAAGCUCCACUCAUCAUAGAGCGAAUCCCUAUUAAGUUCAUCAGCAAUCUGAAGAAUGUCCGAGUCAAGGAGAAGGGGAAAGCUUGUCUGGAGUGUGAGCUGACUUCUAAAGACGUUACCCUGAAGUGGCUAAAGAAUGGGGCGGUGAUUCAGAAAUCCAACAAGUACAGCAUGAACCAUGAGGGGAAGAGAGCAGAGCUGAUCAUUGAUGAUGCUGAACUGACAGACUCAGGGGAGUACACAGUGAUUGCCAUGCAAGACAAUGACCCAAAAGAGUAUUACAGCACUGCCAAUGUAACAGUGGAAGAGAGAUUUGCUACAGUCAAGAGCGGUAUGUCUGACGUUCAGGCUCCAACAGGAGACCCAGCAGAGCUCUGUGUUGUCCUGAAUGAUGAGAAGGUAGAAGGAGUUUGGCUGAAGGAUGGCAAGGAGAUUACAGAUAUGAGAGGAAUCCAGAUUGUCAAGCAGGGAGCUGUCCACAAACUGAUCAUUGACAAAAUGGGAGAGAAGUUUGAAGGGAAGUACACAUUCAGAGCCAAAGGAGCGGAAAGUGAGGCCACCAUUGCCAUUGCAGAUCCCCCUGUCAUUGAUGAAUCUGUGCUGGAGAUGUUGGCUGCACACCCUGUGACUGUGAAGGCCGGGCAUACGGCAAGCAUCAAAAUUCCCUUCAAGGCAAAACCAAUGCCAAAGGUCAGCUGGUUCAAAGAUGGUAUUGAGGUGACAGAGGAACAGAAGAUUGCAAUGGAAAAGGCAAAUGACUAUGCUUUGCUCACAAUAAGCAACUGUGUGAGAGAAGACAGUGGAAACAUUAUGCUGAAGCUGAAAAGUGACUGUGGCUCAGCUGUUGCCAAUCUGUUUCUCAAUGUUCUUGACAAACCAAAACCACCUCAGGGAAAAGUGGAAUUUUUGGAGCGGACAGGUAAAUGCAUCAAAAUGAAAUGGAAAGCACCGAAAGAUAAUGGAGGAAAGCAGGUGACACAUUUUAUCAUUGAGAGGAAGAUGGUUGGUAAAAAGUCCUGGAUUAAAGUUGGUGAAGUAGAAGGCAAACACACCACAUUUGCCACCGAUAAGGUAGAAGAAGGCAGAGCCUAUCAGUUCAGAAUCCUUGCCGUCAAUUCAGAGGGUCUGAGUGAACCACUGGAGACGGAAGAAGUCUUUGCUGGAGAACCUAUUGAGCCUCCUGGACUGGCAACUCAACCUCAGGUUACAGAUGUGACUAAGGAAGCUAUCACCAUCACUUGGAACCCUCCAGCCACAGAUGGUGGCUCCCCAGUACAAGGGUACAUUGUAGAAAGAAGGAAGAAAGGCAGCAAUCUUUGGGUCCCAGUCACCAAAGAUCCUGUCAAAGAUACCAAAUUCAAAGUGGAUGGUUUGCUAGAAGACACAGAAUAUGAGUUCCGUGUUACAGCAGUGAACCGUGCAGGGCCAGGACAACCAAGCAUACCCUCCAGCUCUGUCGCUGCAAAGGACCCCAUCAAACCUCCAGGAUUGGUGAAGGGGCUCCACGUUAUUGACUCCUGCAACUCCAGCAUUUCCUUGGCAUGGGAGGAACCAGAUCAAGGGGACUUGCCUUCAGGAUACAUACUCGAGAUGCGAGCUGAAGACACCAAGGAAUGGACAAAAUGCACAAAAAUCCCAAUUUCUGGCACCAUCUACACCGUGGGAGGCCUGCAGGAGAGGCAAAAAUAUUUCUUCCGCAUCCGAGCAGUAAAUGAAGGUGGAGUGGGAGAACCAGUAGAGCUAGAAAAAGGAGUUUUUGCUAUGCCUCCUCCAGCCCCUCCCAAGUUUGAUCUAAGCGCUAGGCUGAAGAAUCACAUGGUGGUUCGUGCUGGGACAGCCCUCUGCAUUCCCGCCUUCUUCUCUGGUUCCCCUCCACCAUCCGUGACCUGGCAAAAAGAUGGAGUUCCCACUAAAGGGCGAGAAAGCAUAACCAAAAGCAAGCAUCACUCCCAGUUCCUUAUUCACAGCACCAAGCGUUUUGAUUCUGGCCUGUACCAGAUUCUCCUCAGAAAUGACUACGGCGAAGCUCAUUAUGAUAUUCACGUGCGAGUGGCAGAUUUCCCCCGGCCACCAACUAAUCUGCAGCUUGUCGAGGAAGUUCCAAACACUGUGACCCUCAAAUGGGAUCAUACCCCAGAUGUGAUGGAUGAUGGACAUGCUCAUUAUGUCAUCCUGAAACGUGAUGCUAGUACUGCCACUUGGUUCACUGCAGCUGAGAAGGUCUACAGCAAUAAGUACACUGUCACCGGCCUGCUUCCAGGGAGGAAAUAUUUUUUCCGAGUUAUUGCUCGCAAUGACAUUGGUGACAGUGACCCACUGGAUUCCAAAGAUGCCUGGCACAUUAAUAAGGACAAAGAACGUUUUAAUUUCAAGAUGAAGGAGUAUCAUGAGAGAGACUGGCGCCAUGCUGCCCAUUUCAUUACCCCACUGAAGAACCAUGCCGUGUGUCGGGGCCAUGAUUGCACCAUGAGCUGUGCUUAUAUCGGCAAUCCCCGCCCAACAGUGACCCUGUACAAGGGCAACGUGAAUAUCACGGCACACUCAAAAUUCUGGUACAACUCAACAAGUGGCGUCUGCACACUGAUGAUUCCAACCGUCACCUCUAAGGACAACGGAGACUACACCAUUGCUAUUGAGAAUGAGCUGGGUCAGGAGAAAUGCAGCUGCACGUUGACCGUGUAUGAUAAAGAUGAUAAAAGCCUUCUGGACACCGUGACAGAAAGUUUUCAGAAAUCAAAGCACAUAAUGUAAUCAGAAGCUCCAGAGCUAGCUUUGUCCGGUUCAGCAUGCGGAAUAAUACAUGUAGUUCUGUCUAGUUUGACUUAGCUGUGCAUGGCUCAAAAAUGCAGCUGCAUUGCCUUCUAUAAUGUUUAAUUAAGCCAGAUGCUAACAUGUGAGGCCUUUACUAUUCAGGGAUAGUUCUGAAGUUUCAGUGCUUAUCCCAGAGAGAAAGUUUCCAAAUGGCAGUGUGUAGGAAUGGUACUAUUUCCAAUACAGGAUGGAAAUAUAUCUUUAAAAUAAAAGGAGCCAAAGACUG